GGGUUCUUCCUUAUUAAUCAUCUGUUCACGGAACUUCAGCUUCUCUCUCUCUCUCUCUCUCUCUCUCUCUCUCUUUCUAGUUUUGGAGAGUUUUUCUGGGUCUUUCUUACUCCAGCACCAAAUGGUGAAGGAAAUCAGGUCGGAUUUGAGCCCGUUAUCAAACUAUAAAAACAAACUCAAUCAAGUCAUCUUAAAGUUUGUCAUCUCGUUUUUGCUUUUGGGACUUGCUUUUCGUUUCCUUGUUUCUGAUUCAACAAGAUUUUCAUCACUCUUUAAAACUCAGUGGACUCAGACACCUGUAGAAGACACCAAAGCAGAGUUCCCGGAGGCCUUUUUGCCUGCUCAAGAAGAGUCCUCUGAGACGUUUUUGCCUGCUGAAGAACCAGCUUCUGGUGAUUAUCAACCAAAUAAUGAAACUCAAGUAUCAAAUAAUGCAAAAUGUGAUCUUUUUAUUGGAGACUGGGUACCGGACCCAUCUGGUCCAUUUUACAGCAACGUUACCUGCAAUGCAAUUGAAGAUCAUCAGAAUUGUAUGAUGAAUGGGAGACCCGAUUCUGGCUACCUUUACUGGAGUUGGAAACCACGAGAUUGUGAACUACCCAAGUUCAAUCCUGGGAGAUUUCUUGAUUUAAUGAGGAAUAAAUCUUGGGCCUUUAUUGGUGAUUCAAUUUCUCGCAACCAUGUUCAGUCAUUGCUUUGCAUUCUUAAUCAGGUGGAGCAAGCCAACGAGGUUUACCAUGAUGAGGAAUAUAAAUCGAAAAGAUGGCACUUUCCUUCUCACAACUUUACCCUGUCUGUAGUUUGGACCCCAUUCCUGUUAAGAGCUGAUGUUUUUGAAGAUAACAAUGGAGUUUCCUCAUCAGAAAUCCAGCUCUAUCUUGAUAUGCUUGAUAAAAAAUGGAUGGAACAGUACAAAAUCUUCGAUUACAUGAUAAUUGCUGGUGGGAAAUGGUUUCUCAAAACUGCUAUAUACUAUGAAAACAACACUGUCCAAGGCUGCCAUUCCUGUCCUGGGAAGAAUUUAACCGAGCUAGGAUUUGGCUAUGCGUAUCGUAAAGCACUCCAGCUAGUUCUUAGUUUUCUCACAAGAUCAGACCGCAAGGCCAAUGUUUUCUUUAGAACCACCACACCAGAUCAUUUUGAGAACGGAGAAUGGUUCAGUGGGGGGAAUUGUAAUAGAACCAUGCCCUUCAGAGAAGGCGAAGUGGAUAUGAGAGAUGUAGAUAGUGUAAUGCGAGAUAUUGAAUUGGAAGAAGUUGAGAAAGCUGUAGGUGUAGGAGCUGAAAAUGGGAUUAUUUUGAAAUUAUUAGACACAACUCGGCUUUCAUUAUUGAGGCCUGAUGGGCAUCCGGGGCCAUACAGGCAAUUUCAGCCAUUUGCAAAGGAUAAGAAUGCCGAAGUUCAGAAUGACUGUCUACAUUGGUGCAUGCCUGGCCCAAUUGACUCUUGGAAUGAUUUGUUAAUGGAGAUGGUGGUGAAUGAUGGAAUCGACAGAUGAUCAUCACGUGUAAUUUAAUUAAUUAAUUAAUUUUUUCUUGAACAUGAUA